CUCCGAGACUCGAUUAAUAUUAUUUUUUCCUUUCAUCUUCAGGAACCAAAACCCACUAUGUCCGAGACCGCUCCUGCCGCGCCUCCAGCCCCGGCCCCCGCGGAGAAGACGCCGGUGAAGAAGAAGGCCCGCAAGUCCGCCGGCGCAGCCAAGCGCAAGGCGUCCGGGCCCCCGGUGUCCGAGCUCAUCACCAAGGCGGUGGCCGCGUCCAAGGAGCGCAACGGCCUCUCCUUGGCCGCGCUCAAGAAGGCGCUGGCGGCCGCCGGCUACGACGUGGAGAAGAACAACAGCCGCAUCAAGCUGGGCCUCAAGAGCCUGGUGAGCAAGGGGACCCUGGUGCAGACCAAGGGCACCGGCGCCUCGGGCUCCUUCAAGCUCAACAAGAAGGCGGCCUCCGGGGAGGCCAAGCCCAAGGCCAAGAAGGCGGGCGCGGCCAAGCCCAAGCGGGCGGCGGGGACGGCCAAGAAGCCCAAGAAGGCAGCGGGGACCGGCACCCCCAAGAAGAGCGCCAAGAAGACUCCGAAGAAGGCUAAGAAGCCCGCCGCGGCCACCGUCGCCAAGAAGGUGGCCAAGAGCCCCAAGAAGGCGAAGGCGGCCAAGCCCAAGAAGGCGGCCAAGAGUCCGGCCAAGACCAAAGCCCCGAAGCCCAAGGCAGCCAAGCCCAAGGCGGCCAAACCCAAGAAAGUGGCCGCCAAGAAGAAAUAAGAAUACAGAGUAGUUUAGGAUCUUUUUAAAGGCUCUUUUCAGAGCCACCCAAACCUCUGAAAAGAGCUGCGGCACUCUGCGGGGAAGGGGGCGUGGCGGGAGGGGAGACUGGCGAGCCCGGAGCGGCACCUACAGGGGCGCCUGUUAAGUGCACACGGGCCUGGGGAGAUUUCAAAUGGGACAAUGAUUUCUCCUCUAGUCUGGUAAGUGCGCUGGUUCAACCUAAAUUGGCCCGUAGUCCACACGGCGCAAUAGGACUAAUAUACAUAGGGGAGAAGUUACUUGCAAAACGAACUUUGAAACCGAUUUGCCACUUAAUAGAAAGUUCUCCAGCCACCGGGGAUCUUUAUACUGUAUUGGUAGAAAACUAUGAAGUAUCUCGAUGGUCUUUCCAUUAUCUUAAUCAUGGAAUUGCGCCAUCUCCUCAACAAGCACUUGCCCACCAGCUCCAAUACCUAGGACGUCAGUUUGGCCACCAGUGGCCACCAGGCUUCCGCUGCGCAACACCCAUCCUAGUGGAGGAAGUUUUCUAACAAAAGCUGUCCACACACACUUCUCCGUUACACUACCUCAAAGUUAAAAUACAUAUUGGCGUUGAAGAAGACUUUAUAGUAACCUUUGGUAGCCAAGUCUAGACCUUCUGAUUGGGUCGAAGCACAGUAACGAGGCAGCCAAUGAAACGCUAGAAUUGCAAGUACCUUUUACAUUCGUAUUUGUGACGACACAGUAAAAUUAAUCCAAUCGUAAAUGAUCUUACUAACCUCAUUCGAAUGCCUCCUCUAUAAAUAAACGGGGUCUUACGGUGGCUUA